GGUCCUUCCAAUCCAAACCAUUCCACAAUCCUUUGAUAUUUUGGGGGUGAAAAAUGUACCCUGUGCCUCUCAGGAUCCCUUACCAAGUGUUUUUGUGAUGGUUUUGUAGGUAGUUCCAGCUGAAUAUAACUGCUUCCCUCUGCAGGGGAAUACAGCAGGAAGCUGUCUUGUAUUUACAUGUAAGAAUGUGAGCCUAAAGUCUGACCAGUGAUAAGCCAGCACCAGGAAUUAGUCAUAGACUUGUUUGAGAAAUUACAGCCAACUAGGAAAUAGCAACAACAACAAAAAAAAAACAUUUAUUUCUAGGCAAGUGAAUCAUAUUGAUCCUCUCUGCUUGUGUACACAAACCUUAUCACUUGCAAAAUUUCCCAAAACUAUGAAUUUAUCCCCUAGAUAUCAGGAAGGAGCCUGCAGCCCCCCUGCCAGGGAAUGGGUGAGAUGUUGAUCUUGGUUCAGAUCCAUCCAGAACUGUUGAAAUGUGUUCAGAACAGUCUGAAGUGUAAGACUGAGCACAAGGCACUGCCUUGCUUAAAUCUGGGCAUCUACACCAGACACUGAGUUAGUUCUUUUAAAGUUGGUGCCAUUUUUAUGUUUAAAUUAAAAUGAGAAUCCAUGAGUAAUGGUGAUGGCAGGGGCAGGGAGAAAACCAAAUUAUUUCUGCAGGUUGGUUCGUGGUGGUCCUGCUCGUGUCGUGCUCCAAUCUAUCUCCUCCUUCCCAGACCCACUCAGAGCAUCCCUGGAAUCAGUUCAUCCAUUCCAAGGAUAAACACAGUAAAACUAGGGGUUCCUUUUGUGCUCUUGGAAAAUUAAGCACAAAGUCUUCAGUGAGCAGUUCCUGUUCCUCUUGGCUUUGCAAAAGGAGAGUGGCCCCUCUUUUGGGGUGAUUCCUUUUUCCAGAGGGAGAUCAAAGGAAUUCAACAGGAAAUCUCCUUCAGUGGAGGAGGUUUUCCUCAGGUAACAGUUGCUCUGUUUGGACUCAUCAAGAAUAAAACAUAAAUGAAAGAACAGCCCCUUCCACAUUGCUCUUCUCCCACCAGGCUUUUGAGUGAAGAUUGGAUCUGGUUUUCCCUGCUUUCUGAAGGGGCCAAGGAACACAAGUUGCUCUUUGCUCUGAAAUAUGAGUGGACUUUUAGACAGAGCUCCUGGCGCAGGUGGAAUCCCCAGGAGAGAUAAGGCUUUGCAUACUCUGCUCCUCGAUGGCCUUGGGGAAUGAGGAAAGGGAAAGAGUGGGAUGAACAUCUCUGACUAAUCUGGAAGGAACAGAACGGUCUUAUCUCCAAUCAAUUUACUAUAUUUAGCAUGAUGUAAGAACAGAUUUUCCCCAAGUGAAAACAGUAUUUCUCCACGUUCGCUGGUGCUUGCUGCGCUUCCUGUUGGCUGUACUGGUGUUGCUGGGAUUUAUCCCUCUGAAUUUGGGAAUGUGUAGGGCAGGCACUGCACAGCCUCAAACCCCCUUAGGAACUCCACCCUGCUUUUCUUCUCCCUUCACAUCCCAUUCCUGGGUCCCAGCACUUCCACACAGCGCUGGCCUCAUGCCAUGAACACAUCAAACACCACUUCUUACAGAGAAAGUGAUUCAGGGAACCUCCUCUUCUUGAAGCAGCUCAAGUUACAUUCUCACCCUUUCUGGAAGAUUCCCUCCUGAAUCACACUUUUAUCCUCUGCAUAACCUUAGGAAAACAUGUCACUUUUAUAAAAGAACUAUGAAAUCGUUGCAACAAGUGCUUGGUAAACAGGAGCCUGUCCGCUGUGCGUGCCCCAGGCAGCAGCAAACCUCCUGAGAUGGGCACAGCUCUCCCUGGGCUGGGUGGGGCCAUCCCAAGGGCUUUGCAGAGAAAAUGACACCUCGGGAGUGAGGUUUGAGGGAGUUUGAUGUGAUUUUGGAUCCUGAAAUGAAGCUGCCUGUGAGGAGGGAGUACCCCCUGCACUGAAGAGGGAUGAGCACCUUGGGAAGCUCCCGUGAUGGAGAGGGAGAGAGCUGAGCUGCUGCCUGGCCUCAAAGGGUUACUGAACUGGGUGUGCCACAGAGAAAUGCUUUAGUGCCUGCAGCAGCUGCUGAAAUUAGAAUGAAAUUAAAUUCUUUCUUCUGGAUUAGUUACUGCAAAAUCUCUCAUCUCAGCCUGUGUGAAAGUUCAACUGCUUCCUUUGUUCAUGAGGUGAAGGAGACUUUUGUCAACUCCGGUGUCUGGGUUUUCAUUAUUCUUCUUAAAUAAAGGUCUGUUUCUCUAUUUAUUAAAACUCUAAAACCUCUCUGUACUUUUAAAAUCGGCUUUUAGCAUCUGGGCUUUUCAUUAAAGGUGCUGAUAGGUCAUGUGUCAUCACAGGUGACCUUCAAGAGCAGCAAAGGGCAGGUUUUGAUCCUGAAGGUGAGUGAGGGAAAGCUUUUCCACCAGCUUUGUUCCAGUCCCCCCUUGGCUGUACCCACAGCUCCCUUCUGUAUCUCUUCCUCACAGCUGCAGUGUCCUGAGGGUGGUUUGAGGACUUUUCCUCUCUUUGCCUUUCCUAUGCUGGCCAGAGAAGGAGAAAUCCCUGAUGCAGACACAUUGUCAGCCAUGAGGGGCACAGGUCAGCCCAGACAGGAUUUCUGUGUGUGGGAAUGAUGUUCAUAACACAGCUGCUCCUCUCCAAGCAUUUGGGACAAGGCUAUUUCUUGUUGGAUCUGGAGAGGAGCUGUCUUUGGCUGCUCCUGAGCACCUGUGCACUCAGAUUCUGCUUCUACUGAACUUACUCCUGAUCCACACUGAAAUGAAAAGCAAAGCAUCAGUGUUCAUUUGUCAUGGAGGCUGAUCUUGGAAUGAUCAGCCCUGGUGACUGUGGGGCCUUCCUGCAGUCUCUGGGCCACCUCCUUUGUCUUCCCAGCCGUGGGCAAUUUGGGGCAGGCAGUUUGCUGUGACUCCCUGUGACAACACCUUAGUCCCCUGCCCUGACACAAACAUGUUUCUGUCCCCAGAGCAGCUGUUUAUGGCUGGAGUGAUGCUCCUCGAGUGGCAGAGCUCCAACCUUGGUGGGGUGCAGGAGGCUCUCUUGGAGCAGACUGCAAAAUUAUGGGAGUCAUUACGGAAAAAUCCCGUGUUUUCUGCAUCUUGGCAAAGCUGGGUUUGCACUCCUAUUAUUAUUAUUGCCUGUUAAUUUAUGAUCUCUUUGGUACCUUGUAAAACAACUAAAGGAAAAUUAAGUGCUGCCCUCAGGGCUGUGUAAAUAAAUAUUGAUGAUGAAACAGCAGUGUCCAACAGUUCUUGCUGAGGCUCACUUUUUCUGGGCAGACCCCUCCUGUCCUGCCAUUAAUUAUUACCCACGAGGAGGCACUGAUUUAUGCCAGGAUGACACGGAAGCUGCAGAAGACACAAAGUAAAGUUGAUCAUGUCAGAAAAACAAUAUUUGUCUUGUUUUUUAUGAGUUCAGAUGCAUCCAGCACAGAAGUGGAAUUAUGGCCUCUGCUGGUGGGUUACCCAUCCUUCCCCACAGGAGCGGCCCUGGAGCUGUGGGGAGCUUUGAGGAGCACUGUGUCCAUCCAAGGCCAUCUGGCCCAGCCUCCUGCUUUUGUAGGUGGUGUCACUGCAGACGUGAUGUGGCUCCUGAGGUCAUUCUGGAGCAGUUUAGUGACAUCACACUCGGCACUGCCAGGGCACCGAUGCUGCUGUGGCAGCUGCAGAGCUGGGACUGAGCCCUCCAGGUGACUCCAAAGGUGCUGGUGUCUCAGAGGAGUGCCAGGCUUUUCCCCUCCCUCCCUGCACCUCAGUUCUGUGUCACAGUGACCUUCACUUCCACAAAACGUUUUCUCAAUAACCAAUUCUUGAGUUUUGAGCAGUUUUGCUCAUAUUUGGUUUUAUACAACACUACUAUCACCAGCAAUCUCCCAGUCAGUCUGAUCUUUUCCAGAAGAUCAGCUCUCCAAACUGCAUGGCUGCUCCUUCUGCCUCAGGUGACCUGUAAACCCCUGUGUAGCUUCACCUUCCUGUUGUAACAUUCCAUUAGAUGUUUUCCACACCCCUUUUCUGCUUGAACUCCCUAAGAAUGAUGAAACACAGCAAAGCUUUUGACCAAGGCUGUUUCCUACUCUUCUGUUUUUUAUGGCAUGCACAGAUGGUGCUCUCUGAGCCUCCCCAGCCAUCUCCUUGAUCUGCAGCCCCUCCAAGGCUUUCCUUGUCUUUGGCUUUUCCCAAUCAGAAUAAACAUGUUCCAACUUUUACAUUCUUGGAAAUACGUUGUGAUUUGUGUUUGCUCUGAGACAGGAAACCAAGCCCAGUGCUUCACUGGGAGUCUUGGUCCCAGAUGUUUCCAAGAGCCACUUCAGAGCCACGUGAGGGUGAGCUUGGCCCUGGCUUGGCUGCCAAGGAGAAGCCAAGGAGUGCAGGUUUGAGGACAUGGAGUCAGCAAAGGGUUUUGGCACCUGAGAGACUGGAACUUUUCUAAAUAAAUCUGCUGGAUGAAGUGAUUUCCUCUCACUCCAUAAAAUCCUUAGUUUUUGAUCUGGGGAGAUUUACCAGCAUGUGCUCUGGCUGGAGCCUUUGUAACAGAGGGAUGGAGGGUCUGAUUCCAGGGCUGUGGAGGGCAGGGAGCUGCUCCACAUCCCUUUUCCACAGGGCAGCUCCUGUGUGGCUUCCUGAGCCAGGAAAUGCCUUGGAGAUGCUGUUGGAGAGAUUUUCUCUCCAAAACCCACACCAAACCAAAGUGCUCUUUGGAUAACUUUCCCUUUUUAAUACAGGCCAGAUACCCAGCAUCAUUAAAUAAAAUAAAUAAUAAAGAAAUCAAUAAAUAUCAUCAAUAAAUAAAUCCAACUGCAAUAAUCCCUCUUUCUUUGUCCCCAGAAACUGCCACCCUGCUGUGUGGGAGCAGCCUCCUGUGCCCGUGGAACACAAGCCGAGAUCUUCCCGACUGUAUUUUCCAGAAGGAAUCUGGUUUGGCUUCCUGUUCCAGUUCUGGGGUGGAGGGUUUGAUGGAUGAAAAAUCCCCUGUAGCUGUUGCUGAGGGUUUGAGAUACCAGGUGUAGCUGGGAAAUGAAAGGGAGGCAUGGCUGAGCCUCUCAGUUUGGGUUCCAAUAAUGAUAAUGAUAAAGAUAAUUACAGCCACAAUGGUUCAAUUGAGGCUUUAUCAAAGAAGAGGCGGUUUGAUCACAGGAUUCGGGGGUUCAGGGAGAGGCCAGUCUGUCCAAGGCUGGAAUUGUCUCUCCUGCUGUGCAGUGGAGCUGCCCUGGGAGGGUUUGGACACCUGGAUGGAUGCAGGGCAGAGCAGUCAGAGCUGAAUUCCCAUCACAUAUUUACACCUCAGGAGCUUUCAAUCUUUUAGUUACAUCCUGGGGAUGUGUCUGUUCAUAACAUCGGUAUCUCCGUGGAGAUAUUGAUAAAACGCUCAGAAAUCUAUUUAAAGUAACUCGGCAGGAGGGACAAAACAGGAAAAAAAAAUAUUUGCAACAAAUAUUACUCACGUUAAAUGAUGCCUGUGUUUAUCUGUAUUUUACAGCUCAUGUUCUAUAUCAGUUUUUGGGGCCAGAGUGAGCUCAGCCCGAGCAAUACAGCCAUAAAAUCCUCACGUGUGUCCCGGAAAUAUCUCGGGGCAGGUGCUACUGCCCCUGUGACCUCCUGUAACCAAACAUCCCCGGCUCCCUUCCCUCCCUUCCCGGCACUGCUUGCUAAGGAUGUGAUAAAAUAAUCUGUUUUUCCUCCCUGUGUCCCGCCUGCAGCCGGCAGCAUUUGCAUGUUAAAAGCGGGGGGAAAGGUAAAAGGCACGCGGUAGUUUGCUAAAUCACGGAAUUUCUGCCCGGUGGAUGGGCGGAGGAGGAAGCUCGGGAACAUCUCUGCCCUGCCUCCUGCUCCAGGGUAUUUAACCUCGGCAGGCAGGGCUGGAGCAGCAUCUCUGCUCCCUCCAGCUCUCAUCCUUGCCUCUCACAUCCCCCCUGCUCCCUGCCAAGGACGAGCAGCGCUGGGGAAGAUGAGCUGCAAUAGGUACCCCGUGGAUGUCAAAGCUGUCGGCUUCAUGCUGUGCAGAAAACAGAAGAACUACAUGAUGUUUGUGUCCUGGUCAGAUCAGAACAACAUUCUCAUCUACAGGACAUUUGAAGACUUUAAGAAAUUCCAUAAAGAGCUGAAGAGAAAAUUCCCCACUGAGAGUGGGUCACUGAGGAGUUUACCCAGGUUUAAAGGUAUAACUAUGCAGCAGAGAAAGGGUGGGAAGCUGAACAGGUGCCUGGAGAUCCUGAAACUGCUGGAAACGUAUUCCCAGGAGCUGCUGAAAACCGAUGUGAAAAUCUCCCGGGGUGAAGAGGUGAAUCAGUUUUUCAAGGCACAGACUCAAGACCUCGAUCCCUCCUUCCCUGAAAACAGUGUUGUGAUCAUGCCAUCAGUAUUCAGAAGGGAGAAGAACCCCCAGCCCCUCUCCAUCACCCUCCCUCAGGCGUCGCAGAGCUACCGCUGCAUCGAGGCCUUUGAAACCAAAGACACAAAGAACAAACCCUUCAGGGUGGCUCAGAAGGAGAUUGUGGAAGUGCUAAUCCAGGACAUGACUGGCUGGUGGCUGGUGGAAAAUGCAGACAAGCAGAUAGCCUGGUUCCCAGCCUCGUACCUGGAAGAGCUCGAUGCCUAUGAGGACAUCCAGAAUGACUUCAGCUCAGAUGAGGAGGGCAGUCUGUACUUUGUGGUGCAGGCCUACGAGGCUCAGAAUGCAGACGAGCUCUCGCUGAACCAGGGGGUGGUCGUGGAGGUGCUCAGGAGAUCCCACAAUGGCUGGUGGCUGAUCCGGUACAACGGCUGCACUGGCUACAUGCCCUCGCUGUUCCUGCGGCCCUACCAGAACCCUCACCACAAGCUCCAGACCAUCCUGAGCUGUGGCCCCGAGGCCUCCACACCGACGGUGCAGCGAGCAGCGGGGCCCCGGCCCGGCCCGGCAGCAGCGCUGCGGCUCCCCGAGGGGCAGAUCCCGCUCCCUGCCCAGGGCCAGCUCCACUCCAGAGCUGGAUUUGGACAGCUCCUCCCUGAGCUCAGCGGGCAGCAGUGAUGGGGACGCCCGGCUGGCCUGGAAAGCCGACUUGUCGCGGUCGCUGCCCGAGGUGGAGCAGGCCAGG